AUGGGUCCGUAUAAUGAAACACCAAAGAAGAACCGAUUUUUAAUAGUCUUGAUGGAUGUGUGUAGUAAAUGGGUAGAAGCGGUACCCGUCCCUAAAGUACGUCCCAAAAUAUUGAUUGAUUUUUUGGAAAGAACGUUCCAGCAGUGGGGAUAUCCAGAAACUAUCAUGUCUGAUAAUGACAAAUCAUUUACUAGUGAUGCCCUCGCCCGAUAUUUUGCCCAGCAUCGUAUAACCCAGUAUUUGACACCAAUUUAUCACCAGCGGUCCAACCCUGUUGAAAGAAGAAAUCAAGAGCUGAAGAAGCUCCUCCGAGUCCAUUGUCUUCAACGAGGGGAGGAUCGCUGGGAUACUUGUUUAGGACAAAUAUUAUUUACGUUAAGAAAUAGGGAGAAUGCAGCUACCGGAGUAAGCCCUAGCGUGGCAUUAUUAGGAGCUCCAUUAGUAAAACCAGGGGAAUGGAAUAUUCCCGAGGUUAGACAACCUAUUUUGAACACCCCCCAACAACGCGAAAACCGGCUUGAACAAAUCCGCCGUAGGCAGAUAGUAUUUAAUAGAAACUUAAUUCCUGAACAUGUAGAACCGAAAGUAAUUUUUAAUAUAGGUGACAGAGUAUUUAUACGUAGUUUCGCGGGUGUAAAAACUCCGUUAGGGCCAACGUGGUCCGGACCGUAUCGCGUGGUGAGGGUGUGCGGGUUGAACGUGUACGAGGUAAAACGCAAUGACUCAUCGGUGUUAGUCCACGUGGACGAUCUGCGACCGUGGGUUACCGAACCCCAGUGGAGCGACCCGGAACACGACCCGAUGUGUGAGCCAGAGGAGGCAGUUUUAGACGACCCGGAAGUUCCAGUACCAGAACCCGUUCCUGAGGAGGAGUCCGAUGAUGGGGAAACUUCUGAUCUAGAUGAGAACGAUGACGUCCCACUCCAGCCCAGUAGCAUGGAGGAAACGCGAAGUAGAAGUGACAACGAGAAUGUUCCUGUGUCCAAUGUCCACCCUGAUGAGAUGUAG